CGACGUUUUCAUGAAUAUCAAGCGUUACGUAAGGAAAGGAACGAUUAGGAAAGUGGCUGCGAAUCAUCGGUGAAGGACGAAAUUCGACCUGAUCGAAUUAAAGCGAAUCGUCACCAUGUUCGACGUCGAGUCAGUCAAAGCUGGGCGACCUAUGAAGUAUCCCUACACAUAUGCUGCAAAAAUUGCACAAUUUCCUUACCGGUACCACUUCAACAACUCUUGGCUGUUCAAGUACCACUUAAUCGCAUGUUUGGUCUGUUUUCCAAUUUUCCUGAAGAUUCAAAACAUGUCAUAUUCUCCAGAAAAUGUGGCUAAAUGGGAUGAAAUCAGAAGGAAGGAAUUCGAAGGACAUUAAUUACGCAAAGUCAAUGAUGAUUAGUAAAACCAUGCAACAUUUUCAUAAUAAAGACUGUAUUGAACUUAAUUGUACAGAGUGGCUGGAUGUAAAUUAAAGGCCAUAAAGUCUUUACUUCAUGGUUUAAUAAAUAAUCACAAAGUGAUCAGAAGAUGUAA